AUGGACCGCCCAAACGGGGGCGGCCCUGGUGCCGCCGCGGCUACUAGCAGGGCAGAGCGAUUUGAGGAUGAAAAACGCCGUAUAAUAGAGAGCUGCUUUAACAAGAAGGAUGUUGAUGGUUCUCUAGCCGUGCGCAAGUCCGGCCGAGUUCGCCUGCACAAGUCAAAAGAAAACGCUAAUGGAUCGUUUUCAAUCGGAAAAACGUGGAAUCUUGAUGACCUCUCGCGCAUUGAAUCUUACACUGGCCCCCAGGCCAUCCCAGACCACCGGGACUGGGCUGGCGACACCGGUUUUCAAGUGACACUCGGGAAGCCAUACUUCUGGCAUGCUCAGACGGACAAGGAAAAGAAAUUCUUCAUUGCUAGUCUUAUCAAGAUAUACGGGAAAUACACGGGUGGCAAGACGCCGGAGCUUGCAAAUUUUGAACAAAAGGAGUAUGAUCAAGUUAUGGGAGCAACAAGACGACCGGCUACAGGUGGUUCUCGGCCGCCACCUCCUCCUAUAGCUGAGCAACCUUCGAGUCAGAUGGCGAGCGCCCCUCCUCGUCCAACCCAUCCGAUGCAUCCUUCGCAUCAAGGACUCUCAGGAAGUGGUCCUCAAGACGCACCCCAGUACAGGACGCCGCCUACUCGCCCAGCACACCCAAAUCUUGGCCCUUCACCUGUCGGAAGUUUCGAUUCAACCACUUCGAGAGAAAGGCCGCCCCAACCUCGGUGGAUGGCUCAGAGCAACAAGAGUCAGGAUUCGGUUGCCACCUCCAUGGCUACCAGGAGUGAUGAUGGGUCAAGUUUACCACCGCGCUCUCGCAAUGGCAUAAACGGCCCAGGGGCGUAUGGGAGAUUUGCAGAGCCCCAUGAAUCCCGGGCACCAGCUGUUCUUACACCCCCUCAGCCACAGUCUUCGCCCAAGUCGAAACCACCUGCUAUUCUGUCUCCUCCUCAACCUCCACAGCCUGUUCCUUCACCACUUCAAUUAGAUAGACCACCCCCCGAAAGGAGACGACCGCCCAUGGAUCCAACUCGCCCUCAUGAUCGGGACUUGGUUCCCCCACCACUGAUUAGUCCUGGGAACAAAGAACCAAUGGCUCCUCCGCCUCGCAGCAGCGAACGCGUUGUGCCGAGAAUGGACAAUGCAAGCCAGAAAUCGACAAGCAGUUCAUUCACGGGGAGCACAUUAGAUCGAGAAGUGGCACCACCUCCCACAGGACGACUACCAGACCCACCAAAGCGUGAGCCACUUCCCAUGCCUUCGUCCCUUAGGCCUGGAUCAGGACCGAACAACCCCCAACAAGCUUAUACACCCAACCCUCCCUCACAUCACCCGCCAACUAAUGUAACAAAUCAAACUCCAAGUCCUGCUCCAGGCAAUGGACCCAGCCCUGCACCAGCCCGUACGCCCAGCCCGGCUCGUGGACCCAGCCCUGCAGCCGCCCGUGCUCCUAGUCCUACGCCAGCUCUCGUACCCAACACUUCGCAAGCACAGGCUCAAGCACCAAUCCCCGCUCAAGCUCUGUCUCCAGGCUCUGGAGCAGGUUCUUCUGAUGUCUCGCCGAUGACAGUGAGCGUGCCAAGAUUUGCAAACUUACAACCACCCCCUGAUUUGUCCAAGCAAGAGCCGGUUCAGCCAGCGGAAGAGCCAUCACCUGGGGAGCGUGCAGUGACACCUUCUGAUCGCGAAUCUAACCCAUCACCAGCAGAGACAGUCGACGAAUCCAGGCCAGGCCUCGGUCCUAUGAUCAGAGCCAAAAAGUCCAGAAAUGAGAUCGCCGGUGCAUUGUGGAAGGCUGCGUCUGCGGCCAACGCUGCAACUGCCUUCAAACCCAGGCCUGGUGGUGCUGGUGAACGUAUGCGCCUACUGAAGAGUAAGACUGAAGAGGGGCCAGAUGGGAUCAAUAGUGUUGUCCCUGCGCCACCCAGACCGUCUUCCAAGGGUGUAGAUACCCCCUCUGAACAACCUACACCAGAAGAAACACCUAAAGCUGAGGAAGAGGCCAAACAAUUGGAGCAAGUUAAACCCGCGGAGCAGUCCAAGUCUGCGAACCGUAAUUCGCUUGUUCCUGAAGUCAAGAUUAGUCUCCCAACGAGUAGGCCGACGAGUUCGCAUGGGCCGCCGCAGGAAGUGCAAAAGGCAACCGAACCUGAAAAGAAGGAGACCCGCCGCUCCAUCAAUGCAGGCAACGAUAUGAAAUACCUGCAGACAUUGGGGGUCAACCCGUCUAUUCUAGAUGAGAGGAGUGAUGACUUUGCUCAAUGGUUGGAUUUCUUUGGCUGGAUUCCAGGAGAACAAAUGCGAUCACGCAAUGUGGAAGAAAUGAGAGCUGACCUAGAGCGGGAGCUGAAUAAAGCUCAGGCUGGUGGCUGGCUGGCUCGUUUCCGCGAAGAGGAUGAACGCGUUGAUGCCAUCAAGGCUGGGCUUGAUGUUGCUAUGGCUGAGUGUGAGGAGCUUGACAACUUGCUCACACUCUACUCAGUCGAGCUUUCGACCCUUUCAGAUGACAUCGCUUACAUCGAAGCCCAGGGCCAAGGUCUUCAAGUUCAAACUGCCAACCAAAAGUUACUCAAGAAAGAGCUUGAGUCUUUGCUUGAGACCUGUGCUAUCACAUCGAAUGAGCUUGAAGUCCUCAGAUCUGCACCUUUGGAUGACUUAGGCGGCUUACAAAACGUCGAAUCUUCUCUUGUAACACUUUAUAAGGCAAUGGUUAAGAUUGAUCCUGCGCGUAGUGGAGCUGAUCAAGAGAAGGCCGAUAUUACUGCCGAGACAAACCAGAGUGGCCUCAAUCCUGACUUCAAGCAGAUGCGGAUUGUCCAAGAGAAGAAGCUUGUUUAUGACCAAGAAAGCGCCAUGUUCAUUGGCAGAUUGGUCGCCUUUAUGUCCCGGCAAUUUGAUCAUGCUUUUACAGAAACCAAGCUUGCCAUGGAGGGAGCUUUGUCCAGAAAGGUGGAUCCUAUACACCACGAGCUUGGCCGCGAUAUUCUUUGGCAAUUUAGCCCUCUCAUGCUAUACGCUCGAGAUAUGCAUCCCGAUGAGUGGAACCAGCUCAUUCAAAUUUAUCAAGAUAAGGGUCAACCUGUUUACCGAGUUGAGUUUCAGGCUACGAUUGCGUCUUGGCGUAGGAAUGCCAGACAGGCAACUGGAGAAGAGGCUGAAAUUCUGUUCACGUCCGCAGUCGAGAAGCAUCAAGAAGGAGGUGUGGCUACCACUGCCAGGAAGUUGACUGUAAAGCGGAGCGGAACUCUGGCGAGAGCUCUGCGAUCUCCUCGAGAAGACGGUGGCCACAAACCAAAGGCCGACAAGGGAGUGAAUGAUAAUAAGAACCCGCCUCACGAAGUCUUUACUGGAGUUCUGGAUAAUCUCAUCCCACUGAUACAGAUGGAGCAAAACUUCAUCAUCGACUUCUUCCAUGCGACCACGCUUGAGCAGAUAGAUUUCCCAGAUGCUGUUGCCACAACAACACCUUCUGAUCGUGGAGGAACUGAUUUAAGAAGACCCCGACUAAUGGAACCCGAUCGAGAACUUGCCAGACGUAUCCUGCGCGCAAUGGAGGUGAUCUUUACCUUCCUGGAAUCGGAACUGCUGCGUCUUAUGGAGUGGGUUGUCGGGCAGGGCCCAAUCCAAGGGAUUGGAGUCCUAGCGACUAUCGAGAAGUACUCUGCCGAGGUUGGACAGUCCAACCAAGAGUAUGUCAACACACUAUUGCAAAAACUUCAUGGGCACUUGGAACUGCGAUUCAAGAAAUUCGUUGACGACCAACUUCGGGCCAUUGAGGAGACCAAGGUCAAGAUUAGCAAGCGAAAGGGUGUUAUUGCAUUCAUCCGGCUUUUCCCUCUUUUCUCAGCAGCUGUGGAGGAGAUGCUGCUCGGUGUUGACACCACACUGCCUAUUCGAAGUACUGUUGAUCGCGAGUAUGACCGAAUACUGAAGACCAUGUUUGACUCACUCAUGGUCAUUGCGCGAGAGAAUCCCGGUGUCAGUGCGACAGCCGGCUCGGUUGACCCAGAGGACAAGGAAGCCCUCAACUUCCAUAUCCUCCUGAUUGAGAACAUGAACCACUUCCUUGAGGAGACGGAUACACGAGGCCUGGACGUCCUCGAGGAAUGGAAGGAAAAGGCCAACACGACAUAUUACGAGCAUAUGAAUCUAUAUCUUGAUGCAGUCAUGCGGCGACCACUCGGAAAGAUUCUGGAACACCUCGAGAACAUGGAAGCCCAGUUGCAGACAGGCAAAUCACCAGCAUCAAUUGCUGCGCAGCCUUCCAACAGCAAGACGGUUUUCAAUAAGGUUUUGAGCAACUACGACUCCAAGGAAGUGCGAAAGGGCAUCGAGGCGCUGCGUAAACGUGUUGAGAAGCACUUUGGCGAUGCCGAUGAACCAGGACUAAGCCGAGGAUUGGUGAUCAAGGUGCUGGAAGAGUGCGAAAAGUUCUACGAAAAGGUUGAGAGACGGGUCGGCAAUGUGACGACCAACGUAUAUGGUGGUGAUGUUCUCUUCGAGUGGCCUCGAGCCGACGUCAAGGCGGCUUUUCGUUGA